CGAACCCCUGCCGUCAGCUGAGGAUCUUCAUCUUAUGGUUACGCCCGAAGCCACCAUGUCUUGCCUUUGUCGACCAAUCAGAGAUCCACCUACUUUGUGACUCUGGGGAAAUCUCGAUGGAGAAGAGCCGCAGCCAAAGCAGCUGACGGGAGAAUGCAUAUGGAGGGUAGGCAGUGAUAAAUUUUGAAUCGUCAGCGACUUUGAGCGAUCGCGCAUAGCUUGAUGUGGUCUCUGUAAUGCGCGACUAGAAAACCAACGCCUAGCAUGCUUGUGUCGUGAAGAAUAAAGCAGAGUCGAGAUCGCCCAAGUCAAGAUGGCGGAAGCCGGUCGUGAAGACUCGGGUGGCCUGGGUCUUGAAGCUGAGUUGGAGUUGCAAGAUGCGACAACGCGCUCUACCAGUAGCGCUCCUGAUACGAAUAACAGAACUAGCGAACACGGAGCUACUAGUGACCACGGAGCAUCACAUAGCGACGGCUCGGAAUGUGGUGAUGAUCCCGAUAUUAAGAGAUCUAUCGAUAGUAGCUACUCGCAUUGGAAUCCGGAGCCAGGGUUCGCGCACAUCGACGGCGACAUUGACGGGCAUGGCUACAAUCAGACUACGGUCGAUAUUAUCGCCAUACCCUGCGUCGGCGCGUCUCCUGUCGAUACCUGGGCUAGAGAUCCCCUCACGGAGGACUACUUUGGAUUUCCUAUAUCGAAUGAACUGCACCACUACUCAACUGUCAAGGAGCUACCGGAAAGCAGCAUUCUCUCACCUACAAUUAACCGUCCCCUACCCAAGGCGAGUCAGAUGUGGAUCAGGCAGGGCAUCCGUAAGGAGGUUAGCACGGCACGAGUGAUGCUUUACCGUCACCGUGAAUUGGUAGAGGGCAUGACGCUCGACCAGGCUGCCGAUGACCUGCUUGAUCAGAUUUCAAAGAUCCGCGCGAGCCAGUCAAAAUCGAGGCCUAUCUUUUUUAUAUGUCAUAGCAUCGGUGGACUUGUUGCGAAACUGGCCUUGGUCAAGGCGAACCAGAAGCCCGAGUUUCGGUCUCUGAUCUUCGAUUGUCAUGGCAUCGCGUUCUUUGCUACGCCGCAUCGCGGCUCGAGUUACAUGUCGAUGUCCCAUCUACGAGACAGCAUCCAGCAACUACUGUUCUUGCAAAGUCCGCUUCCCAGAUCUAUCGCUCGCGAGUUGAAGCUAGGGAACAAGUCGUUGCUUCAGAUACAUGAUCAGUUCAUGGAUCUUGCUAGCGAGUUACGUAUAUGGACAUUUUACGAGACAGUAGAUUCGCAGUUGUCCGGCCUCGGCAUUUCUGACAUUGACGAAGUCCACUUUAGCGCUCCGUUAACAUCCAUUAAAUCAGGACUGCUCGGGAAUCGAGGAGAGCAAGCUUUAUCUCUCGAGAGCGAUCACGCUCACUGUGCCUCGUUCGGACUUGGCAACAUCCGAACGAUGCACUCAUUUUUAGCUGAUUUAGGAGCAGCGGUCCGGAAGGCGGAAGAGCUAAGCGCCAAUUUCGAACAUACGCCGCUGAGGUUAAGCGAAAACAUCAAGCUCGAACUGAUCGGUUUUUACGGAGACCCUGAAGGUGAAUCCGGUCAGGAAAUCAGGCUCUACAUCUCGAAACAUAUUUUGAAAGAUUUUCUUGAGAAAGGCCCCGAGAAGUGCCUCCAGGAACGUAUGAACACUGUAGCAGCUAGGCGGCACCGGGGCAUAUUACGACCGCGGCGUCCAUUAUCGGGCCCGUCACCGAUUGCAGGCGCAUUAGGGAUCGUACAGGACUUUGGUCAGAUGCUCCUGGGCUCGGUCCGGCCGAAUAGCUCACCCGAAAACUCUGAGAAUGAGCCCAAGACCGGCCAGUCACCUGAGAUCGUCGUGACAAGCCAUGCUUCUUCGCGGCCAUCGAUAUCAGGCGCAUCAACGGAGCCUACCCCAGCCUUCUCGUCGAGGAGAAGCCGUGGGCUAACAGUUCCUGCCCUUGCGACCCCGGGGUUCCAUCGUCCAUCCUCUAGGAGUAGUACCGAGACGGCCAGAACUACCAGCUCUGAGCCUCAGGGGGCUGAUGUUUCUCCAAGGACGGCAGGGGCUGGUUUAACCGCUAGCAGGGAAGAUUCCUUUGAGUCGAAGGGUGGUGUUAGUCACGCUUCCACAUUGCAGAGUAUGGGAGCUGGCUUUUCUCGACCGGACCCUGCCAGAAGAAAGUUUAUGUGGAUUCAUCUGCCCUUCAACAAUCCACAUUGGGUCAAGAAAAUCUUCGAUAAGCUCUCCGAGACGCAGAAUCGAAAUUUUGAAAAACUCCUUAGCAACGAAAACUGGGUUAAUAGGCAUGUUCAAGGGCGACACACGAAUUUAGAUGCUUCGUAUGUCAAGCCUGGGUGUGCUUUUGUUCCUUCAGAGGCCGGCUCACCUCGUCCGCCAUCUCCAGGACGAGCUUGUAGGAGCCCUAGCCCCGCGAUCACUCCUACACACCUGUACCUCUAUCUACCGUAUCUUCACUUUGAUACAUAUGUAAAUAUAGUGCGGCGUCGCAAUAUCAUCAGGCGGAGGAUGGAUCAAGGUAGAGCAAGACCUGUUCCGAGAGAUGUUGCCGAGCUUGAGUCGCUUGACUCGCGGGUGAUCUGGCAGUAUAUCGGACACGACCCACCCCUUAAUACGCGUAGAACCCUAGAUCAGUAUGGCUAUCCGGCUCUCGGGGAUACUUACGCGCGAGACGACGACCAAAUGUUGUACAAGCUUACCAAAGAGAGGAUUGCGAUCCCAUUUAAACGAAAGCGAGAUAUGUAUCACGUAGGUGACGGCAAAGAACCCGUGAGCGCACUUUCACCUGGAAGUCGGUUGAUGUCGACUGUGGACACAUUAAAAACCGCAGAUACAGCGACUCACAAGGAGGAGAGUGAUUCAGAACUUGAGAACGACAUUAUCGAUGGCAAUGUCCUUAUGGUCGACCAGCUAUGGCUUUGGGCGGUUGAUACGACGACUUUAACGACCUUCUUCCCGAAACGCGAAUCAUAUCCGACGGAAGGUCCGCUAUUCCAGCAGGCGGAUUUGAGAAACAGCGUAUACAAUGAGUUGAACGGAGACCUAAGCGGUCGCUGUGAGAAUGCACUGGAUCUCGCCGCUUUCAUAACUCUGCAUGCAGUUACGGUGUUGCUCGAUAGGACUUCCCACCCGGACCUAGAAAUAUUCCGUAUAUUUGAAGAGGCUAUUGGGAUACUUACCGAAAAGAUGACUUCAUCGCUGAAACGAUUCCGAAUGCAGACAUUUCGAGAUAGGAUCUUUGAAGAUUCCGAUUCAGACGAGCCCGAGGACAACCGAUCCAAGAGCAUAAAGCAGCGUCACAGGCGAGAACUAGAGCAGUCGGAACGAGAAAACCGCGAAAACACAUCCGCCUUACUUGAGCUUCGGGACAUGGAUGAUGAACUCAACACGAUGAUGAACCUCUUCUCGGAACAGAAGGCUGCGAUUAAGGCGAUGAAGGAAAGCUACGAGAGACCUGAGCUCCUAUCAUUUACCGAGAAUGGUCGGGGGUUCCUGGAUGAAGCCUUGAAACGGCUGCAGGAGUAUCAGAAACAGGUACACGACAUGAUCAAGCGAGUGGAUAACACCAAGAAAGAUUACGAGAAACUCCAAGAGAUGAUACAACGUCAAGCUCAAGUAGAUGAAGUACGGUGGUCGCGGUUACAGACCGAGCUAGCGAGUUCUCAAAACCUCUCAGUCAUGAUCUUCACGAUAUUUACAGUGUUGUUCUUGCCGCUGAGUUUCUUUACCAGUCUGUUCGGUAUGAAUACUAAGGAGUGGGGAGGUGAAGACGACAACUUUGUCAGUCUUGGUUUUAUCGGCGCCAUCUCGCUCCCCGUAUCCGUAGCGCUCAUCGGCGGCACGCUUCUGGCAGCCUUUAGCGGUCGCGUGCAGACUAUCUCUAAGGGGUGUUUUAAACUAUCAAAGAAAUGGGUGCAGCAGAGUACAGCUAAGCUCGCGAAACUAGAGCCGGAGGCGUCGCGACAGGCGAAGCAGCGACGCAAGCAGCAACGGGAGCAGCGCGAGCAGAGAGCAGAACGACGUCGUGAGCGUGGUUACGACUUCUGGGAGACGGUGCGGGUAGAGAGGCCUGGCGAAUACGUCAUUCCGGACCUAAACCGCAAGACGGCGACUAGGAGGAGACUGGCGGGUCGCGGGACGUGGAAGAGGAUAAUUAAAGAUGGGUAUUAAGGAGAUCUGCAUGUGGAUUGAGUGUUGGCUUUUGAAGCGGAGCGGAUGAUACCCAACUAAGUUGUCCAUGUAUGAGGAUAAUGAGGAGGACAAUGAUGAGGAUAAUGAUGAGGAUUAUAAUAGUAGCAUUAAUGUUAGAUACCUAACCUAGGUUAAUUGUUAAUAUUAUAUUGAUUAUUCGACGGGUA